GUUGUCUCUCAAGUCUGAGCUGAUCCAUAGUAGCCCUGCUCGCUCUCAGCUGACGCUGCGCCCCACAGUCAGGCUCUCCGCUUGUUGUUUGGUACUUUUGGUGAACUUUACUUCCACUGUGCCCCAUCACUGCUUGUGGGUGGGUUUUGGGAAAAACUCGCUGCUGCAACAUGGACUGAAGCAACAACUCGGCAAAGUGUGGAUACUUCAGAAAAGAAGAGUGUUUGUGUAGAGAGCAACCUUUCUCAGGGUUGAAUUGCCACCAUGGAAGAGGACGACGGGCAUCUGGAGAACGGUAUCCACGCCGUCAAGGACUCGGACCGACAGCAGCGGCUCAGGCUUUGUGUUUUAAAUGAAAUACUGAACACCGAGAGGGAUUAUGUUCGGACGUUGCUUUUCCUUCAGUCGGCAUUUUUGCAAAGAAUCAGACAAACUGCAGAUGACCAACAGUGUCUGUCUCCUGAACACGUCAAGAUUCUGUUUUCAAAUAUUGAGGACAUCCUGGAGUUGCACAAAGAAGUGUUGUCCGCCGUGGAGGCCGUUCUUCAGCCCGAACCCCAGCCUCAGCAUGCACUGGGACACGUAUUCCUCCAGUUUAGGGAGAGUUUCUCAGUGUAUGGCGAGUACUGCAGCAACCACGAAAAGGCUUUGCGACUUCUCAUGGAGCUAAACAAAAUCCCAAACAUCAGGACCUACCUGCUGCACUGUAUGCUGUUGGGAGGGAAGAAAAGCACAGAUAUUCCCCUGGAGGGCUACCUUCUCACUCCCAUUCAGAGGAUCUGCAAGUACCCUCUGUUGCUGAAGGAACUGCUGAAGAGAACCCCUAAAAAGCACGCUGACUAUCCAGCUGUGGAAGAGGCUCUGCAGGCCAUGAAGGCGGUCUGCUUCAACAUCAAUGAGACCAAGAGGCAGAUGGAGAAACUGGAGGCUCUGGAACAGCUGCAGUCCCACAUCGAGGGCUGGGAGGGAACCAACCUGACAGAUAUCUGCACUGAGUUACUGCUUCAUGGAAAUCUCCUUAAAAUCUCAGCAGGCAACAUCCAGGAGCGCGUCUUCUUCCUGUUUGAUAACCUUUUGGUUUACUGUAAGAGGAAGUCCAGGGUUUCAGGAAAGAAGUCCACCAAGAGGACCAAGUCUAUCAACGGGCCCCUCUAUGUGUUCAGAGGCCGAAUCAACACAGAGGUGAUGGAGGUGGAAAAUGUGGAGGAUGGAACAGCGGACUAUCAUAGCAACAACUACACAGUGACGAACGGCUGGAAGAUCCACAACACGGCUAAAAACAAGUGGUUUGUCUGCAUGGCCAAAAAUGCAGAGGACAAGCAGAAGUGGCUGGACGCCAUCUUGAGGGAACGGGAGCAGAGAGAGAGCCUCAAACUGGGAAUGGAGCGGGAUGCCUAUGUAAUGAUCGCUGAGAAGGGGGAGAAGCUGUACCACAUGAUGAUGACCAAAAGCCGCCACCUGAUUAAGGAUAGACGCAGGAAGCUCAGCAUUGUGCCGAAGUGCUUCAUGGGAAAUGAGUUUGUGUCAUGGCUGAUAGAGAGCGGAGAGAUCAGUAAACCUGACGAAGGGGUGAACCUGGGACAAGCAUUACUGGAAAACGGCAUCAUACACCAUGUGUCAGACAAGCACCAGUUCAAGAACGAGCAGGUGUUGUACCGCUUCCGCUAUGACGAUGGCACCUACAAGGCCCGCAGUGAGAUGGAGGACAUCAUGUCUAAGGGCGUCAGGCUGUACUGCCGCCUUCACAGCCUCCACACGCCUGUCAUCAAGGACAGAGACCACCAUCUGAAAACCUUUAAAUCUGUGGUGCCUGCUAGCAAACUGGUGGACUGGCUACUCUCACAGGGAGACUGCUCGACCCGAGAGGACGCUGUGACGCUGGGCGUGGGGCUCUGCAACAAUGGCUUCAUGCACCACGUCUUGGAGAAGAGUGAGUUCAAAGAUGAGUCCCAGUUCUUCCGUUUCUAUGCGGAUGAGGAGACAGAGGGAACCAGCACCAAGAGCAAGCAGCUCCAGCGCAAUGACUUCAAACUCAUUGAAAACAUCUUGGCCAAGUCUCUGGUGAUUCACCCUGAGGAGGAAGACUACGGCUUUGAAAUUGAGGAGAAAAACAAGGCCAUUGUGGUGAAAUCUGUCACCAGGGGCUCACAUGCUGAGAUGGCUGGCCUGCAGGUGGGCAGGAAGAUCUACACCAUCAACGAGGACCUGCUGUUCCUCAGGCCUUUCUCCGAGGUGGAAACCAUGAUCAGCCAGGCCUUCUGCAUGCGACGCUCCCUGCGGCUGCUGGUCGCCACCAAGGCCAAGGAGAUUGUGAAGAUCCCUGACAACCCAGACAGCCUGUCCUUCAGACUUUGUGGCUCUGCCCCUCCUCACGUCCACGCUGUCAGGAAAGGCUGGGAGGCGGUAGGGGCAGGCCUGCAGCCCAGCCAGGUCAUCCUAAAAGUCAACGGCAACAACGUCAACCACAGCGACUACCAAGAGGUUCUGGAGCACUUCACUGCACAGAAUACACACCAGGAGCCUCUACAAAUGUGUCAGUGGGUGUACCGCGCUUUUGAGGAUGUGGAGGACCUACAGAGAGAAAGAGGUGCAGGUGAAAAAGAGGAGAGUCCUUUCAGUCCUUAUCCAGUGGAGAAUGGCUCUGACCACGAGGAGGGGAACGGCACCAAUGGAACAGACUGCCGGCUGGGCAGGCUUUCCCUCUCCGAUGAGCUGCCUCUGGUCAGUCUGACGGUGGAUAACGUCCACCUGGAGCACGGCGUGGUCUAUGAAUACGUCAGCACCGCCGGCAUCAAGAGCCACGUGCUGGAGAAGAUAGUGGAGCCCAAAGGUUGCUUCAGCCUCACUGCCAAGAUCCUGGAGGCAUUUUCUGGUGAUGACAGCCUCUUUGUUCAUAACUGCAGCCUGCUCAUCUCCCAGAGCGACCGAGUAGUUACCAUGCCUCAGUACGAGUUCAGACAAAUCUGUGACACCAAGCUGGAGAGUAUCCGACGGCGUAUCAGCAGCUAUCAGCAGUUUGCCCUGGAGCUGAGGAACAAGGUGUGGCCCUCCUUCAGGCAGGCCGGCAUUCGCCCUCAUCCCCUGGGCUGCAUGGACUUUGUUCCCACCAACUGCCACGUCAACUUGAUGCAGGUUUCCUACCCCAAAAGCACCACUACUGCUGGCAGGACUUUCAGCAUCCGCUUUGGGCGCAAAAACUCCCUGUUUGGCAUGGACCCUGACCAGGCACAACUGAACCCUAUGUCCCACACCCAGCACUGUGUGACCAGCAUGGGAGCUCCCUCCUGGAACUGCUCCGGCCUGGAAGGGGAUGAGGCGGAUGGCAAUGGGGACGUGACCCUGGACGGAGGCGACGGGCAGACGGAUGGUCGACUGGGCAGCCAUGGAGAAGGCGGGCUGAGCUUCCUGCUCAAACAGGAAGACACAGAGACCCAGGACGCAUACAUUCACUUGUAUAGCCGCCUGGAUGUUGCUGUGAGGGAAAUGAGGCAGUAUGUCGCUCAAAUUGAUGUCCUCUUGUCCUCUAUCACCGAGCCCACGCAACUCCAAGGGGAAAGCGUGGAGCCUUUGGUCUACGAGCCAAGUCAGCCCUCUCUGGCCCCCUGCGAGGAUGGAUGUGACCAGGACAAAGUAGAGCAAGGCGGCAUUAAAAGAGUCUGCUUUAAGGUGAACGAGGAGGACCAGGAGGACUCGGGUCACGACACAAUGAGCUACAGGGACUCCUACAGCGAAUGCAACAGCAACAGAGAUUCAGUCCUGUCCUACACCAGUGUGCGAAGUAACAGCUCAUACCUGGGGAGUGAUGAGAUGGGAUCAGGGGACGAGCUGCCGUGUGACAUGAGGAUUCCCUCAGACAAACAGGACAAGCUGCACGGCUGCCUCGAGCACCUUUUCAACCAGGUUGACUCCAUCAACAGCCUACUCAAAGGACCUGUUAUGACCAAGGCCUGUGAGGAGACCAAGCACUUUUACUCUGACCAUAACCAACCAGAGUUUCGCCAAACAGAGGAUUGGACGGUUCGUUGUCGUCACAUUAUCCACAAGAACAUCCAGGAGGACCCUUGGAACCUACCAAACUCUAUCAAAACCCUGGUGGAGAGCCUGCAGAGAUUUGUGGACGAUGGAAAGAACCAGCUUCUCCUGGCUCUGCUCAAGUGCACAGACACGUCUCUGCAGCUGCGACGGGAUGUGAUCUUCUGCCAGGCAGCGACAGGCGCCCUGUGCACGCUGGCCGAGCAGUUGCUGGCUGCGUUCCGGUCGCGCUUCAACAACGCCGGCGAGUAUCAGGAAGACAGCAAGGAGACGAGCCGCAAGUGGCUGGAGCAGAUCUCCGUCAUUGGUGUUCUGCUGCACUUCCAGUCCGCGCUAGCGCCACAUGUGAAAGAGGAGCGGACCAUGCUGGAAGAUACCAAGGCGGCCCUUUUGGACUUGGACAAAGUCACUGUGUUCUUCAGGCAACUGGAGGAUGAGUGUCUAGUCGCAAACACACCAGUGUGUUACCAAGUGGAGGGCAGCCGACAGGCCCUGAGGGUCACCCUGUACCUGGACAGCUGUCACUUCAGUGAGCUGCCUAGCCGGUUGCAGAACGGAGGCAGCCUCAAGCUCCACACCGUCCUCUUCACCAAGGCGCUGGAGCGUCCAGAGGGAGUGUCCCAGCAGGACUACGCUGCCAUGGAGGAGUUCCAGCAGCGCAUCAACGCUGUCUCACUAGAGAAGGUCAAGGCCUACUACCGCAGACUCAGGGCUUUCUAUUUGGAGAAGUCCAAUCUCCCUACAGACUCAAACACCACAGCUAUGAAGAUUGACCAGCUGCUGCGGCCUCUCAACACACUGGAUGACCUCUGUCGACUAAUGCAGUCCUACAUCAACGUGCGCCCGAGUGCCCAAGGCCACCCGUCAGGUGUCAGCGUGCUGUGUGUGUCCUCUGAGCUGUGUAACCGCCUGGGAGCCUGCCACAUCACCAUGUGUGGCACAGGAAUGCAGAGAUGUACCCUAAGCGUGACACUGGAGCAGUCGAUGAUCUUGGCCAGGAACCACGGCCUCAUGCCGCGAUGCACCAUGCAGACCAUGGACAUUAUGCGUAAACAGGGGGCAAGAGUUGAGCUCUCUGCCAGAAAUCUCAAGGUAAUGGACCAGAUGCCUCCAUCAGCCCCAAGGCUCUUCAAGCUGUGUUUGCCGCCCUCAGAUGGAGAACUCUAAGAAGGUUCACUUCAGAGAACUCAUCAGAGAGACAGUGACUGUGGGAGAGGAAGAUAUGAUAAGAGACUAUGGUAACAAAAGAGGGCGAGUCUCACUGGAUUUCCUCCAAGAGACACUGCUGAUGGAAACACCUUUUCCCCCCAUUGCCCAAGUUACACAGGGAUCAUUCCAGCCUGGAUACCACUAGAGUCUUCAGUGCAACAUACAGACUAAACAAGACUGUACAGAUGACUAAUGUCAAUUACCUUGGAGCACCUACAGUGACAUUGACACAGCCUGAAGCUCAAGACUACUGUAGUACUGGGAGACAACCCAGAUAAAGUAUUACUACUUUGGCUGUCUGUCUACGCAUAGCUGACGUGAAUGACUUGACAACUGGUGCAAAAUCUUCUCUCAACAUAAGCGAAAGGGAGAUGUCAGUUUGAGGCCUCACAAAGACAACAUCCACAGUGAUAGCCAAGCUCUUAUUAUUAACUGGAUUAACCAAACUACCUGUAGCUGACUGUCAUCCUAAAUGCAGAUGUUAUCCAUUUUGCCUUGGACUGCAAGUCCAGAGAGCCGUCUCUUUCUCUGCUCGGGCUGGUGUUCCCCAGGGCUCAGUGUUUGGACCCCAAGUGAAGUAGAAUACUUGAAUACCGUGGUAUUCAUGUAUGAUGAUGACUGAAUAGAUGCAGAAAGUCAAAGAAUAGACAGAGAGAUGGAAGUAGGGAUUGAGGGACAGAUCAGAAGACGGAUGAUAGACUGGGCUGUUCUUUCCUCAGCCCGUUGCAUGUGGUUACUGUGCAAUUACUGUAGGUUUAGUGUGAGUACUGUAUUACUGCACUAUAUGAAGGAUAGUUAUUUAUUGUGUCUGGAAGGAGUGUUUUUAUCCCUCACUUAAACUAUAUCAGGUAUUAAAGUAUCUAAAAGCAUUCCAGCCUGCAUAUUGAACAAUAUUUAAAGGACCAAUGGCAUGCCAUUUUUUAGACGUAACUGCUUGUGUAUUUCAUUUUAUUUAUGUGUCUGGAAUUUGAUUAUGUCAAGAAGUGUUACAUAAAUCUUCAGGGAGCUCAAGGGAGGGAAGAUAAACAGAAGCUAGCUAAUCAGAAUCAGGACAUAGGAAGCUAAAACAAACUAUACAAGGCUGUUUGUUUGUCGAUAAGCAGCCAAGUCAACAGGUUAGGGUAUUGAAUCGUUGUUAAAUUAUUAAUAUAUUAAUAAAAAUAGUUGAAGGAUUGCCUUCUGUUAAGACGUGUUCAUUUUUAAAUUGGCUUUUAUGUUGUCUUGGGACUGUCGUAUUUACUGUAGGUAUUAAAAGAAGCACAAUGAUUGGUCCAAACAAGUUGCAGUGUUAGCAAAAAGUACUGUAAGCAGUUUGUGGAUGAUGUAAACAAAGGGAUCUUUCCAGAACUUAAUCACAGUAACAUUAUUUUACUGAAGAUUUUAAUUUCUUGUACAUACAAACUGUAACUAUGUCAGAGGAAAAGAUAGGAUAUGUCUUACAGCAGCAGAGUAAUGCUAUAAAUUAAAAUGCAUUAUUUUUAUGGAAAUAAUAUAGUAUAUAAAACAUUUUGUAUUCGUGA